AGCCAACUCUCUCCUUCUUUCCGUGGCUUAGCGGGAACGGAACCUCUUUUUCUUCUUCUCUUCUUUUCUCACUUCCUUUCACACCUUCUCUCUAUAUUUCCUUUCACCCCUUUUCUCGUUUCAUAUAUACGAUCACAUCUCAUCUCAAGAAUAUUCCUCAUUUUUAUUUUAAUCUAUUAUUCCAUUCCUUCGCUUCAUUCAAAAUCUCCACUUCCCACCUAUUUCGAGUUUCCUAAUUACUAAUCGUGUGUUUUUCUAUUAUGAUUUCUUCAAUUCAAUCAUCGUCAUAUCAAAUGUUUAAUUGUGAUGCAUAAUAAUAAUUUAAGUUAUUUUUAUUUUAUUUAAUCCUUGUAUAUGAUGAUCCUACUGUAAUUCAAUUCCCUUAUAUGCUUUUUUUUCCAAAUCCUUUCCUUUGGUAUAUUGUACUCUUUGAUGCUACCGUAAAAGAAAACACUAGCAAAUUUACUUUUAGGGUUUGGUUUAGGGAUGGAUGGUAUAAGUAAUGAGGCUAGUGUUGAUCCUUUUUCAAUUGGUCCUUCGGGCAUUCUUGGCCGAACAAUUGCUUUCAAGGUUCUUUUCUGUAAGUCUAUGUUACAUUUGAGGCAUCAAAUGUUUAUGGGGUUAUUGGAUGUGAUUCGUAGGUUUAAGAGAUUUUGGGGACCUAUUAUAUCAUGGUUGCAUCCAAGAAACCCUCAAGGGAUAUUGGCAAUGAUGACGAUUGUCGCAUUCUUGUUGAAACGAUACAGUAAUGUGAAGGUAAGGGCUGAAUUGGCAUAUAGGAGGAAAUUUUGGAGAAAUCUGAUGAGAACAGCAUUGACUUAUGAGGAGUGGGCUCAUGCAGCUAAGAUGCUUGAUAAAGAGACACCAAAGAUGAAUGAAUUGGAUUUUUAUGAUGUUGAAUUGGUGACGAACAAGCUUGAAGAGUUACGACAGCGUAGACAAGAGGGGUCUCUUAGAGAUAUUAUAUUUUGUAUGAGAGCUGAUCUUGUUAGAAAUCUAGGCAAUAUGUGUAACCCUGAGCUUCACAAAGGUAGGCUUCAUGUGCCUAGACAUAUCAAGGAGUAUAUUGAUGAGGUAUCUACUCAGUUGCGAAUGGUUUGUCACUCUGAUUCGGAGGAACUUGCAUUGGAAGAAAAGCUUGCUUUCAUGCAUGAAACUAGACAUGCUUAUGGGAGGACUGCUUUGCUUUUAAGUGGGGGUGCUUCCCUUGGAGCUUUCCAUGUUGGUGUAGUUAAAACACUUGUUGAACAUAAACUUAUGCCUAGGAUAAUUGCUGGUUCAAGUGUAGGAUCCAUUGUGUGUUCUAUUGUUGCUACUAGGUCUUGGCCUGAGCUUCAAAGCUUUUUUGAGGAUUCAUUGCAUUCGUUACAAUUUUUUGAUCAAAUGGGUGGGAUUUUUACUGUUGUGAAGAGGGUGACGACGUUUGGCGCAGUUCAUGAAAUCAGACAGUUGCAGAUUAUGUUGAGGCACCUAACAAGCAAUCUUACAUUCCAAGAAGCUUAUGACAUGACAGGUCGAGUUCUUGGCAUUACAGUUUGCUCCCCUAGAAAGCACGAACCACCUAGAUGUCUUAACUAUUUGACUUCACCCCAUGUUGUUAUAUGGAGUGCAGUCACAGCUUCUUGCGCUUUUCCUGGACUUUUUGAGGCUCAGGAAUUGAUGGCAAAGGAUAGAAGUGGAGAGAUUGUUCCUUAUCAUCCUCCAUUUAAUUUGGGUCCUGAAGAAGGUUCCUCUCAAGUGCGUCGAUGGAGGGAUGGUAGCUUGGAGAUUGAUCUACCUAUGAUGCAGUUGAAAGAGCUGUUUAAUGUCAAUCAUUUUAUAGUUAGUCAGGCCAAUCCUCAUAUUGCUCCAUUAUUGAGAUUGAAAGAAUUUGUACGAGCUUAUGGAGGUAACUUUGCUGCCAAGCUUGCUCAUCUAGCAGAAAUGGAGGUGAAACAUCGAUGUAAUCAAGUACUGGAACUCGGUUUUCCAUUAGGUGGACUUGCCAAGCUGUUUGCUCAAGACUGGGAGGGUGAUGUAACAGUUGUUAUGCCUGCUACUCUUGCUCAGUACUCAAAAAUUAUCCAGAACCCAUCUUAUGUGGAGCUUCAAAAGGCAGCUAACCAAGGGAGAAGAUGCACUUGGGAGAAGCUUUCUGCCAUUAAAGCUAAUUGUGGAAUUGAGCUUGCUCUUGAUGAGUGUGUUGCAAUGCUCAAUCAUAUGAGAAGACUCAAAAGAAGUGCUGAGAGAGCUGCUGCUGCUUCUCAUGGUCUUCCAAGUACUGUCAAGUUCAGUGCUUCAAAAAGAAUUCCAUCGUGGAAUGUCAUUGCACGAGAGAAUUCUACAGGAUCUCUUGAAGAAGACUUUCUUGCAGAUGCUGCUUCCUCAUUUUAUCAUGGGGUUAGUAGUUCGACUGGUAAAAAUUUGAAGUCCCACCGCAACAUGCAUGAUGCAAGUGACAGUGAAUCCGAAAGUGCUGACUUGAAUACUUGGACCAGAUCUGGCGGUCCUUUGAUGAGAACUACUUCGGCAAAUUUGUUUAUCGACUUUGUCCAAAACUUAGAAGUUGAUACUGAACUAAAUAGAGGAGUGGGAACUAAUAUUAGCCCUCGCAAUUUUCAGUAUCACAGUCCAAGACAUACAACACCGGAUAGAUGCUCUGAGAACUCAGAAUCCGAUCAGAGAGAAAAUGGCAACAGGGUUUCCAUGAAUGGAUCUAGCAUAAUGGUAACUGAAGGUGAUCUUUUGCAGCCCGAAAGAAUCCUUAAUGGAAUUGUGUUUAAUGUUGUCAAGAAAGAAGACUUGACACCUUCAAAUAAGAGUCAUGAUUAUGAUAGUUAUACUAACAAUGAAGUUGCUGAGUGUGUCCAAAUUGAAUGUCCAGGGAAGGAGAUGGAUGAUGCUGCUAGCUCAGCUUCCGAAAACGGAGAUGGCGAUUCCACAACAGCUAGGCCCCUAACUGAAACACCAGAUUUUAAUCCCACGGAUAAUUCCCGAAAAGAUUUGGGUAAGGAUCAGAGUAUUGUUGACAGUGAUAGCUCUAAUGAUAAAAAUCCUUUACCUUAGUGACUUUAAUAGUUUGGUGUUUUAGCUGUCUCCAGAUUGUUAAUAACAUGAAAUAUAAUCUAGACAGGGAUCUCUAUUCAUUUCUUGAUGAUAAUUUAGCCUAUAAUUUGGGAUACUUAGAAAUAUAGGGAUGGAAAUGAGGUUUCAUAUACAUAUAUUGUGAACCAAAUUGUUGUUUGUAGCAACUCACCUCUAAUCAGAUUAAUCAUGAAUGAAUUCUGCUCUCAUUUUCCA